AAAAGAAGAUUGAAUUUAUUUUUUUUUUUAAAAAGGAGAAAUCUUAAAAUUCAAAAUUUAGAGUUGAAGGAUUUUUGAAAAAUUUAAAAAAUUAUAUUUUGCAUUCUAAUUUACUUUAACCAUUAAUUAAAAUAAAUUAAACUUAAGUUGAUGAAAAUUAUCAUCAAUUUUAAUUUUAAAACUUAUUUGUGAACCAUUUUUAACUUUGUCAACUAAUGUGGUAUUGAACAAUGGUUUUACUUUUCACUCUGCUAAACCUUGGCAUUCACAAUGCAGUAUCCUCAAGCAGCAGCAGCUGCCCCCAGCGGGCCAUCAAUCUUCUUCUCUCCAAAAUCAACCACUUUCCAAAUUCGGCAUCCGUCUUUCCAUUUCUGUUCCACAAAGUCCAGCUCCGCACUUCCGUCGAGCAGUUUAAGGUCUCUGUCAAUUUCGCGUCUCGCAAAUCACAGCGCAACUGUACGAGCAAGUUCGUCCUCGUUUUCUAGCUCUGCAUCACCGUGGGAUGAAAAGCCCUACCAAGUUUUACCGAAUGGAAAGAUAGUGUACUUGGAUGAACAAGAUGUUGUCACCUUCCUUGACCCGCCCGUGGAGCUUAUUCCAUUGGAUCCAUCUUCUUAUAACCCCGCCGCGUAUCUUUGGAAGAAAAUUGAGGAUAUUCCAGAGGAAAGGCGGCACAGGCUGUUACCCUUGCUUAACCCAAGGUUGAUAUCACAAGCUUGGGGGAUUGCUGGCACACGGUACAAUAAUCCAAAACUGGUAGAGAAAAGUGCAUCAAGCUUGCUAGCAACUGGAAAUAGUGAAACAGUUGCUGAAUUUUGGAAGUGCCGAACAAGCGGAGGUCCACUGCAGAUUGCCUGGUUAAAUUUCUUCAAAAAGGUUGUAUUUCGCACCGGUGAUGGGCAGGCAUAUGGGCGACUCAUUAGCGAAUCGAUUUUCUCUGGGCUCUCAAAUUCCUUUUAUCCUUUGUACUUUACGGUUAGUGAACUCAAAGAAGUGAUGUCGACAGAAGAGCCUUGUGAUUUGGCGUAUGAAUUCAAAGAUGGAACCUUGGAUCUCCCUGAUUUUCCUCGUGGUUUCCCUAAACCAGCGGAGCAUCCAUGGCCAUUUAACGAUGAGGUUGUCAUAUACAUACGUCAUGCGGGGCCAGGAGUGAUGGUAGGGCAAGCCUGGCAAGAAGGAAAAGCAUUGCAACAAGUGCCUAAAAAGCUAUGCGGUGAAAUAUUGAUGGUGAAAGAGUAUUUAUCUUCUCAGCCACAAUCAGGCUAGUUAGCUGUUUUAUUGUGUCAACUCUUUUGGUAUCUGUUGUUUUGUAGCUUGCUCUUGGUAUGUAAGUUUUAACAAGUGUAUAUAUUGUCAUUUUUGGCUCUUUUCUUACUACUACCACUUCUCCA